GUAGGCCCCGGAUAUUUGUGUCAGGGGCCGCCGCCAUCGUCCCAGCCGAUGGGUCGGGAUACACGUUCACGCUCUCGGUCAGCCGAUGGCAGGGGUCGCAGGAGCCGAAGGCGGCGGAGCGGGAGCGGGAGUCGGAGCCGAAAUCGGAGCGGGAGCCAUGGGCGACGAAACCGGCGGCGCCGGGACGACGAAGGGCGGCGGAGGAGGCGAAGCCGGGAGCACAGGUCAGAUUCAGAGGAAGACCAGUGGCAGCGGCGGGGAAGGCAGAGCCGGAGCCCACAACCACCUCGAUGGCGCUCACAGGACCGGUCCUCUCAGUCCGACUCAGGCAAUGAACGGCAGUGGCGGCAGCAGGGCCGCUUGGCCUGCCACCGGCGGACACGCUCUUGCUCCUCCUCAUCCAGCUCUGCAUCCCCAGACCACAACCAGAGUCCAAGGGAGGUGGCCGCAGCCCUGAGCCAGCAACAGAGCUUGCAGGAGCGGCUGCGGCUACGCGAGGAGCGGAAGCAGCAGGAGGAGCUAAUGAAGGCCUUCGAGACGCCUGAGGAGAAACGGGCCCGGCGGCUGGCCAAGAAGGAGGCCAAGGAGAGGAAGAAGCGGGAGAAGAUGGGCUGGGGCGAGGAAUACAUGGGCUACACCAACACCGAUAACCCCUUCGGUGACAACAACCUUUUGGGCACUUUCAUCUGGAACAAGGCCCUGGAGAAGAAGGGGAUCAGCCACCUGGAGGAGAAGGAGCUGAAGGAGCGGAACAAGAGGAUCCAGGAAGACAAUCGACUGGAGCUGCAAAAGGUGAAGCAGCUGAGGCUGGAGCGGGAGCGGGAAAAGGCCAUGCGUGAGCAGGAGCUGGAGAUGCUGCAGCGGGAGAAGGAGGCAGAGCACUUCAAGACAUGGGAGGAACAGGAGGACAACUUCCACCUCCAACAGGCCAAACUUCGCUCCAAGAUUCGAAUCCGGGAUGGACGGGCCAAGCCCAUUGACCUGCUGGCCAAGUACAUCAGCGCUGAGGACGAUGACCUGGCUGUGGAGAUGCACGAGCCUUAUACCUUCCUCAAUGGCCUCACAGUGGCUGACAUGGAGGACCUGCUGGAGGAUAUCCAGGUAUACAUGGAACUUGAGCAGGGCAAGAAUGUGGACUUCUGGAGGGACAUGACCAUCAUCACAGAGGAUGAGAUCUCUAAGCUCCGCAAGCUGGAGGCCUCAGGCAAGGGCCCAGGUGAGCGGCGAGAGGGCGUUAACACCUCGGUCAGCUCUGAUGUGCAGUCGGUCUUCAAAGGGAAGACGUACAGCCAGCUGCAAGUCAUCUUCCAGGGUAUUGAGGGCAAGAUUCGGGCUGGGGGCCCCAACCUGGACAUGGGAUACUGGGAGAGCCUACUGCAGCAGCUGCGUGCCCACAUGGCGCGUGCCAGGCUUCGCGAGCGGCACCAAGAUGUACUGCGGCAGAAGCUCUACAAGCUGAAGCAGGAGCAGGGCGUGGAGAGCGAGCCGCUAUUCCCCAUCCUCAAGCAGGAGCCCCAGUCUCCUGGCCACAGCCUGGAGCCUGAGGACCAGGCCCUGACCCCACCUGGGCCCUCCUUGGAGGGCGGUCCUGUGGAGUCUGAGGCAGAGGGGGCGACACCAGCAGAGGGCGAAGCAGAGGGGGAGGCUGUGCUCAUGGAGGAGGACCUGAUCCAGCAGAGCCUGGAUGACUACGACGCUGGCAAGUACAGCCCCCGGCUGCUCACAGCCCAUGAGCUGCCACUGGACGCCCACGUGCUAGAGCCCGACGAGGACCUGCAGCGCUUGCAUCUGUCUCGGCAGCAGCUCCAGGUCACAGGCGAUGCGAGUGAGAGCGCGGAGGACAUCUUCUUCCGGCGGGCCAAGGAGGGCAUGGGCCAGGAUGAAGCGCAGUUCAGUGUGGAGAUGCCACUGACGGGCAAGGCCUACCUGUGGGCGGACAAGUACCGGCCACGCAAACCACGCUUCUUCAACCGUGUGCACACGGGCUUCGAGUGGAACAAGUACAAUCAGACGCACUACGACUUCGACAACCCUCCUCCCAAGAUCGUGCAGGGCUACAAGUUCAACAUUUUCUAUCCUGACCUCAUUGACAAGCGCUCCACCCCCGAGUACUUUCUGGAGGCCUGCCCCGACAACAAGGACUUUGCCACCCUGCGCUUCCACGCUGGGCCGCCCUAUGAGGACAUUGCCUUCAAGAUUGUCAACCGCGAGUGGGAAUAUUCGCACCGCCACGGCUUUCGCUGCCAGUUCGCCAAUGGCAUCUUCCAGCUCUGGUUCCACUUCAAGCGCUACCGUUACCGGCGGUGAUGGCCCUGCGUUCCUCCCGGACCACCUGACAAGAGUGGCCCAGCUGGCAGUUGUCCCUGUUUGGUUCACAGCCCACCUCCAGCUGGGCCUUCCCCUCGCCAGCCUCACUUUCUCUGUGUGAACAGCAAGUCACAGUGGAACUGCCUUGGAGGGUAGAGGGGAUGACUAGGGCAGGCUGGCCCAGGAUUCUGACAUGCAAGUGGGGCCGCGAGUGGGAUGCUUUGAGCCCAGGGAACCCAGCAGGUGUCAACCUCACUGUCCACAUGGGCGAACUGAGGCACAUCCCCGUGUUAUACAAGCCCUGUGGUACAGGCCUUGAGCUGGGGCCAGCAUGGGGCCCAGAUGUGUGGUACUAAGCUUUUGAGGGGCAGGAAACCCAAGUUCAGGGCACUGAUUGGUCCUCAGACACAGCCAGCUGCAGGACCCACAGCCCUGGCCCUCUCCCAGCCAGCCUCCCUCACUGCCCACUCCAGUGGAACCUAGACCCUGCUGUGCCUGAUCCACAGGAGACUUUGAGGGACGUCCCAGUCACCUCGCCCCUAGUGCUGGUUGUGGGCUCAGCCUACCCCCAAGUGGACAUGAAGGACACGUCAUCCACCAUCAGUUCCAGAAACCAAGGGUCACUGAGAAGUCUUUCUGUAGCCACUGGGCAAAGGAGCACCCAGGUGCGCAGCCUCCUUGGGUACAGCUGCAGUGACCCCAUCUUGCCUGCGUGUUGCCCUCACCUCAGAACAGAUGUGUUCUUUGUGGCCACCUCCCAGCCACCCCAAAGCUGCCCUCCUUGUUCCUGUGUCAGACGGGGACAGUCGAGACACCGAUAGGUACACUCACCCAGAGUCACUGACUGUCUAUGAUACACCAGGCUUAUGGACCCCAGAAACAUUUCUUUCAGUAAUCUAUUAUGAAGACAUUUUCAGCCUACACCAAACCCUGAAGUGCCACCUCCCCAGCUCCUUGGACAGCCCCGCCCAAUACUUGAUUUCAUCUUAGAUUGUUUCUCUAAAAAGACUUUUUUAG